UAAAAUUUUGCAAAGAACCUUACAAUGGAGUGCAGCGAGAACUCAUGAAAUGAAUUAAAGAAAAUGAGAAAGUAAGAAAUUGUGAUUGCUUCGUUGAAUGAAGAAGAAGCAUGAUGGGGAAUGUGGAUCCUCAACUUCCACCACUUCCAAAUCCAAAUGAUUGGUCAAUCCACGAUAACAAGGACGAUUUGGUAUUUCCCCCAAUUCACCACGAAAACCUCCAAAUUCUCUCACCACAUUCAGACAACCACACCCCCCAAUCACCUCCUUCUUCCUCACCCUUCCAUUCUCGGAUUCGCGGCUGGACCAGUAUCGCCCUCCAGAUCAUUCGUUCCAAGCUUUCCUCUUUCAGGAACAAAGGGCUAAUUUGGUCAAUUGGGGUUCCCGCUGCGGCGCUGUUAAUGUUCUGCUGGAUCAUCAUCGCCACGAAGAAGCAGAGAACCCUCACACCCAAUGAAGCUCGUCUCAUCUCCAUCGUCAAGCAAAAGGAACAGAAAAUUGCCCAACUAUUGAACCAGAUUGCACAAAUGAACGAAAUACUAAUCGAUCGUCAUAAAGCUGUGGCUGCUAAAGUGGAGUAGUGAUUGCCUACAGGUUGUGAAUAUGCUGAGUGACUGAACAUCUGCAAAGCAAAUGGCUGAUGAAUUGAAGUCCCAACUUUGAAGAAGGAAGUUCUCCACUUCUCAUGAUUCGUCAAUGACUAGAUCAGCAUGGAAAUGGCUGAAUUCUCUUAACUGUACUAAUGGUUACUCAACCAAGUUCUUUGUUCAGCGCAUGUUUAAUUUGUUCAGGUCCUUGAUGUCAACUAAAUGACACCAUAUUUGGUGAGCUUUUUGGAAAAUCCCAUUUUUUUAUUUAAUUUAUUUGAGAUGCAAGCCAUAGAACUUGUCAUUCUACAUAGUUUAAUAUAUUUUCAGGCUGAA